CCGCGCCGGGGGAAGGAUAGGGGUCGCUCGGCGGGCGUGAGGAGGCGGCGACGGGCAGGGAGAGCCAUGCUGCGCGCCUCUCUCCGCCAGGUGUCGGCGGCGUUGAAGGAAGGACGAGUCGCUCCCACGGAGCUCUGCCAGCGAUGCUUGGCCCUCAUCAAAAGCACCAAGUUUCUAAAUGCAUACAUCACCGUAGCGGAAGAGACCGCUUUGAAGCAGGCUGAAGAAUCAGAGGAAAGAUACAGAAGAGGUCAGCCACUGGGCAUUCUAGAUGGAAUUCCUAUUGCUGUAAAAGACAACUUCAAUACAGCUGGCAUUGAGACAACAUGUGCAUCAAAUAUGCUAAAAGGUUAUAUUUCUCCUUACAAUGCUACAGUAGUUCAGAAGUUACUGGAUCAGGGAGCUGUGCUUUUAGGUAAAACAAACCUAGAUGAAUUUGCAAUGGGUUCUGGGAGCACGGAUGGAGUGUUCGGACCAGUCAGAAAUCCCUGGAGUUAUUCAAAACAGUACAAGGAAAAGUCUGUCCCAAAAUCCCAUCCUGAGGACAAAGAGUCAAACUGGGUGAUAACAGGAGGGAGCUCCGGAGGCAGCGCGGCUGCUGUGGCGUCUUUCACAUGUUUUGCAGCCUUAGGGUCAGACACAGGAGGAUCCACCCGAAACCCUGCUGCUCACUGUGGUGUUGUAGGUUUAAAGCCAACAUAUGGACUGAUCUCUCGCCAUGGUCUCAUUCCUCUAGUGAACUCCAUGGAUGUGCCAGGAAUCCUAACCAGAUGUGUGGAUGAUGCAGCAGUUUUAUUAGGUUCACUUGCUGGACAUGAUCCUAAGGACUCUACCACAAUUCAGGAUGACUUUAAGCCAUUUGAACUACCUAACUUGACUGAUGUCAGCAAGCUUUCAAUUGGAAUUCCAAAGGAAUAUCAUGCACCAGGGCUGUCAAGUGAAAUUCUGGCUCUCUGGUCAAAAGCUGCUGACCUGUUUAAGAAUGCAGGUGCUAAAGUGGUUGAAGUGAGCCUACCACACACUCCUUACUCAAUUGUCUGCUAUCAUGUGCUGUGCACAGCAGAAGUGGCAUCAAAUAUGGCCAGGUUUGAUGGACUGGAAUAUGGCCAUCGUUCUGACAUGAAGGAUUCCACUGAAAGUCUGUAUGCUGCUACACGGAGAGAGGGCUUCAAUGAUGUCGUAAGAGGAAGGAUUCUGUCAGGAAACUACUUCUUGUUGAAACAGAACUAUGAGAAGUACUUUGUCAAGGCACAGAAAGUGAGACGUCUCAUUGCCAACGACUUUGUGAAGGUUUUCAGGAGUGGUGUUGAUAUUUUACUCACUCCCACCACUCUGAGGGAUGCAGCACCUUACACAGAAUUCAUCCAAGAAGACAACAGGACCCGCAGUGCUCAGGAUGACAUCCUGACACAGGCUGCAAACAUGGCUGGACUGCCAGCCAUAAGUGUUCCUACAGCUCUUUCAGAGAGAGGCUUGCCAGUUGGGCUUCAGUUCAUUGGACGUUCAUUCCAGGAAAAGCAGCUUCUCACUGUAGCCAAAUGGUUUGAGAAACAAGUACAAUUCCCACUGAUUCAACUAGAAGAAGUAAAGAGGCAUGACAGUGAUGUCUUUCAGCAUCAGAAAUCUGCUUCUUUUUCAUAGCCUGGGACUUGCUAGUCAGCUAGAGCAAGACAGCUGUGGGGAUGGUCAAGAAACUAAUUUCUGCAGUUAAUUGUCUUUUGCAGAAGUAAUAAUCUGUCCUAAGAAGAUGUUAUGCAGUAAUGCAUGAUGGAAUCACGACAGCUUGUUGCAGAGUAAUUAAGGCAAAGUGAAUCAUUAAGUAAACAUCACCAUGUUAUUAAGCAACAUUUCUUACUGAUAUUAAAAAUACCAAAUUGAAAUUGUGUAUGUUACGCCUGUGAAGCUGAUUUUUUAAUCCCUAGAGGGUGUGUAAGGUAUCUGACCAGUUAAAGAACUAGCCUGAACUGUUGUGUGAAAAUUUCAUGGUUGCCAAAGGGCUUGGUUUCCUUCUGGAGUGUAGAUUUUUGUAAUGGCAACAACCAGACAAGCUCUGUUGGAACAAAGGCAUCAAGGAUCUGUUUACCAAAAGUUAAAUACUAAGGGAAACAAGGGAAUAACUUAGAACCAUAGAAUCCUUUAGAUUAGAAAAGACUUUUAAGAUCAUCAAGUCCAACCCAGCACUACAAAGUUCAGCAUUCAAUCAUAUCCCUAAUGCCACAUCUACACAUCUGUUAUGUGGUGGUUAUUAAGGCCAUUGUGAGAAAGCUAAAUCACACCUGCCUUUAGAUCCCUGUUUUAUCAAAAUCCAACAUGUGGAAAUGUUAGUUCAUUUUAAAAACCAAAAUGUUCCCUACUUCUAGUUAACUGGUGCAGAAGGUAAAAAUUACCUCUGGUUUUACAAAUCAUUUAGAUUACUGUGGUUAUAUCUGUGUAAGAAUGAUGAAGUCCAGAUAUCUUCUGGGGAAAGAUGUGUAGUGGUAGUAGUAGUACUUGAGUAGUUCUUUUCUUCCUCCUUCAUCACUGUUCUUUAUAAUCAACACCUAAACACUUGCUAAGAAAGAGCUCUUACUCAGUGUGGGAAUAAUGCCAUCUAUUCCUUCAUGGACAGUCAUUCAACACAAUAGUAAUUCCAACUGAAUUUCCAAACUGUCAUCAUGCAGACUGGAAGACUUACUAAACAACUCUUAACCUGUUUCAAAUGUUGCAUUUUGCGUUUCUUGAUAGUUAAAAACAUGAAGGAUGACGUUUGUAAAUGUUUUGCAUCAGAUUUGCUUUCAGUCAUAGUGUACAGGAUGCAGAGAUGGAAAAGGUGUAGAGGGAGAAAAAUGACUGAGGUGGAAUCCCCUAUGGAAACAUAAUAAAUCUUCCAGAAUUACAUCUUGUCAUGUACCAUAUUGUCACCCAUAUAAAAAAGGAAAACAUUAUUUCUAAAAAUUGCAGGUGAAUUGGUGAAUCUUCCAUAUGCCAAAGUGAGCUUUUUCAAUACCUUUCCUACACAAUUAAAAUGGUACACCAGUAAAAACCCCAUUUAAAAAGCUAAUAGAACACAGAACU